AUGGGAGCUCGAUUAAGGGGUGCGAGAUUGCCAAUCCGAAAGACAAUCAGAUACAGCAGUCUACCGCAUAGAAGAAGACUACAUUCAUCUACGAUCUGGCGUGGAAAGAAUAACCAAUCAAAUGAUGAGGCUGAUUCGGAGAGAAAUAUUUUCAGCCAAGAGGCAAUCGCAGAAGAAGAGGAUAUAGGUAAAGAAAGUUUACUGCAAAGACAACGUGAUGCACUUUCUCGUGAACCUACAUGGCAAGGUGAUGAACGUGUACAAGAUACAAUCUUAAGAAUGUUGAUGGAUAAACACCAACCUUUACGUAUCAAAGGUCAAUCUGCUCCCGGUCAACAUCCUGCCGAUGCAAAAUUGCAAUCUAUUCAAAAACCCAAUAUGAUGGCUUCUCCAAGUGCGGGAAGAGAAUCAAAUUCUGCAGCAAUUGCAGAUGUGGAAAAGAUUAUACCUGAGGGCGUAACUGAAGCAGGCGAAGAUGGAAGACGAUUAGCAAAGACGCCGGAUAAUAAACCUUGGAGAGCAGUAUAUGUGAACCCAAUGCUUCAAGUUGGCAAAGAAGGAAAAGAUGCAGAUCCUUCUAUUUAUUAUGCACGAUAUAUUGGUCUUCCACCCUCUUCGCCACACCGUAGAAGCGCAAAGACGGCUAGCGGGAAGGAGCGUUUAAAGCUUGCAGGUAUCAAAACAGAAACGUUACCUCUCGAUGAUCGUAACAAGAUGCGUGCUAUUCGUGAAGGUGUACGAAAGUGGGAUAGAGCGGGAAGAAUGCGCGGUGUAAAGGAAGAAGCGAUGCAAUACCGAAGAACAAGGGAAGAAGAACGCGAAAGGGGAACAAUGGAAGAGCAGCCAAUGUCUGAUGAAGAAGGAGAAGCGCAAAUCGCAAUGGUUGGUGGUAGAGGAUUUCAGUCGAUCGCAAAUGAAAGAAUAGAAGCAGCAAUGAAGACGGAUUAUUUUAGACGAAAUUCAUUAAGAGGCAAACCACUAGAAAAGGAUCUACAUGCUAGUAAUCCAUAUUUAAAAGGAGAAGAACGAAUAAUGAAUAGACUUAUUCAGAGACAAGGUGCCGCACCACCUUGGGUUGAGCUAAAUGUACAAUUGGAGAACGAGCAAAGCGAUUUUCGCAAACGAUUGGCUGACAGCUGGCUAAGACGAGCAACACGAAUAAUUCUAGCAACAUCCUAUAUGCGAGAAGGUCUUGAACCUAUUCGAAUUCAAUCUAAUGAAACAUUUGACGAUUUAAUGCAACGUGAAAUGUUUAAUUCUGGUCAAAAGAAAUUGUUGAAUUUGGUGAACGGAUAUACGGAUUCUGAGUGGGAACAAAAAGAACAAGCAUAUCAUGAUGUUGGCAUUCGUGAUGUGAACAACCUCAUUCGGAGAUACAAUGUCGUCGCUCCCGUCAGUGCACGAAGAGGUUUGUUGAUUCGUGAGUGGGAAUUAGAUCGGCUGCGAAAAGAAUCCCGGGUAGAGCUUGCAAGAAGAUUAAGCGACGGCUUGAUACCUUCAAGCACAAGCAAUGCACAAAAUACACACCACUCUUCCAGUGCAUCAAAAUCGUCUGCAUCAUCUACCUCAAACUUGUUCGGCGGUUGGCUCUCUUCUCCUGAUGCAAGUCAAACAACACAUCCAUCUGGAUAUUCAGGCCGCUCCAUUCAAGGCGGUGACGAUGGAACGAGUGCUGGAGGAACGUCACAUGAAGAAAGACAUAGACAUGCAAGACGUCGUUCUGCAUCUGGUGGAUAUAUUACCGCUUUCGUUCGUCGGACGGCUGAACGAGCUCGUCAGUUUGUCAAUUGGUGA